UGCAUCCCUCCCCGCACCACCUUCCCAUCCCAUCGCUGCACGUUCUGGCUGCUUUAUCGACCUUCUCCCCGCCGUGCAGCCCACUCCUCCUUCCUUCGCGGGGAGAGCGGCACUCUGACGCGCACAAUAAAUCAUCCUCGCGAGGUUCCUUUUUCAAGCCCCAUUUCAUACUUACUCGCACUGGAGCGCAGACACGGGCGAGAGUCAAGCCUCGUAACUGUGGAUGUAGCAAAUGUGAUUCAGCACAGCAAACAACGUGGGUGUUGUGCGUGCGAGCGCGCGCGCGCGCGUGUGUGCUUUUUCUUUUUUUCUUUUCUUUUCUUUUUUUGGUGGGGAGUGGAGGAAACGGAGGAGGAGGUGGGGAGAGAGCAGCGAUAUGAAACGCGUGUGUUUAUGUCUCCUUCGUUACCCGUUAUCUGUGACUGACCACCGGCUCAGUUUCACCUGUACGAACGACCUUGCAAUUGCGACCGAAAUUCUUCUAACGAGGUUUCCAUGGAGGAGCAGUUUGUCGUUUUAUCCGUGAGGGCUGAAUUUGGUUCCUAUUGGUGUCAAGAUAUUUCGGGAUAACAGGUCAAGCUCCUCUCUCUCUCGGAGAACACAAGUGCCAUUUCAAAGCUUAUUGGAUGAAAGUCUCAUUUACCCCUGGCUGCCAAAUAUGACGUUGCCAUGGAAACAGCUUCUACUGUUAUCAAUCAUCGACUGUUUGACAGAUUGCCUGGACAGUGGAUCAUUCCAUGGUCCGAGAUGGAGAAUGGAGCCGGGUGAUUUGUUCAUUCCCAUUGACUCCAUAGAAGAGGAAGCUACUCUGACUUGUGACGCAAAGGGAACACCAUCUCCUCAGUACAGAUGGUCACUGAAUGGGACUCUCAUAAAUCUGGGUCUGGAUCGUCGGCGGCGUCUGUCUGGGGGCAACCUCAUUAUAAGCAGCCUGGACCGCUACCAGGAUGUAGGGAUGUACCAGUGUAUGGCCUACAACACAGUAGGAGCUAUCCUCAGCAGAAGAGCAAGUCUUCAGUUUGCCUACUUAGAUCAUUUCAAAGUUCACACCAGAAGCGCAGUGUCCGUCCGAGAGGGACAAGGAGUGGUGUUGCUUUGUGGAUCGCCCACUUCCUCAGGAGACCUUACAUAUGCAUGGAUCUUCAAUGAGUACCCGUACUUCGUUCAGCAAGACAAUCGGCGCUUCGUCUCCCAGCAGACGGGAAACCUUUACAUUGCCAAGGUGGAGCCCUCUGAUGUGGGCAACUACACGUGUGUAGUGAUGAACAGCAUCACAAAGGGCAAGGUUCAGAGCUCCCCCACGUCUCUGAUCCUCAGGACAGAUGGAGUGAUGGGUGAAUACGAGCCGAAAAUAGAAGUUAAUUUCCCAGACAAUGUACCCGCCGCGAAAGGAUCAACAGUUACGCUGGAAUGUUUCGCCCUUGGGAACCCCGUCCCAGAAAUCACCUGGAGGAGGGCCAACGGCGUUCCCUUCCCCAGCAAAGUCAAAAUGAAGUACUCGAACGCCGUGCUGGAGAUUCCCAGCUUUCAGCAGGACGACACGGGCGGUUACGAGUGCGUGGCCGAGAACAAGAUGGGGAAGAACACAGUCACCGGUCGGCUGGCUUUUUAUGCAAAGCCUCAGUGGGUCCAGACAAUGAAAGACACGGCUCUAGCCAUUGAGGAGAGACUUUACUGGGAGUGUCGAGCCAACGGCAGGCCCAAACCCUCCUACACGUGGCUGAAGAACGGCCAACAGCUCCUCUCAGAGGACAGGAUCCAUGUGGAGGACGGAGUCCUGUCAGUGUCUGCGCUGACCCUGUCUGACGCUGGCAUGUACCAGUGUGUGGCCGAGAAUAAACACGGUGUCAUAUAUUUUGCUGCUGAACUAAUGGUUUUAGCUUCUCCUCCAGACUUCACAGGGAACCUCCUCAGAGCUUUGCUCAAAGCCAAGACAGGAACUACAGUGACUUUAGAAUGUAAACCCCAGGCCUAUCCCAUCGCUAGCAUUUUAUGGAAGAAAGGCAACCUGCCAAUCCACACAAAUGACAGGAUCACACUGUCCCCAGAUGGAACGCUGAGGCUUGCCAACGUGAGCAAGUCUGAUGCAGGCAGCUAUACGUGCUUUGCUAGGAAUAGAUUUGGCAUGUCAAGUACAACUGGAAGGCUCCUUGUUACCGAUCCAACCAGAAUCAUCCAGGGGCCAGUGGACACAGAGAUCAUUGUGGGCGAGAGCAUUGUGUUACCCUGCCAGGUCACCAGCGAUCCCGUCCUUGAUGUUUCUUUCUCCUGGGCCUUCAAUGGACAGCUCAUCGCCAAGGGAGACGGUCACUUUGAAUUUGUGGGUGGGAGAACAGCAGGAGAUCUUAUGAUCAGGAACAUUCAGCUUUACCAUGCUGGCAAAUACAUCUGUGUGGUGGACACGGACGUGGAGAGUCUAUCAGCCGUGGCUGUAUUGAUUGUGAAAGGCCCUCCCAGCCCUCCAGACUCAGUGACGGUGGAGGAGGUGACAGACAGUACAGCCCAGCUGGCGUGGAGCCCCGGCAGAGACAACGGCAGCCCCAUCACCAAUUACCUCAUUCAAACCCGAACUCCCUUCACUGUGGGCUGGCAGAGGGUUAACACAGUCCCGGAGAUAAUCGAUGGGAACACACUGACAGCCACCGUGGUGGACCUCAAUGCCUGGGUUGAAUAUGACUUUCGGGUACUGGCAAAAAACAGCGUUGGUGUCGGAGAACCCAGCCCAGUGUCUGUGAAGACCAGGACAGAGGAUGCAGUUCCAGAUGCAGUGCCAGGUGAUGUGGGUGGAGGUGGUGGAAGCAGAUAUGAACUGGUUAUCACGUGGGAGCCUGUUCCCGAAGAACUACAGAAUGGUGAGAGCUUUGGUUACAUCAUCGCUUUCCGCGCCUUCGGAGAAGCUAGCUGGACUCACGUGGCCACCUCCGCCCCUGGCGCGUCGCGCUACGUGUACCGCAACGACAGCAUCGCGCCCUUCUCUCCGUUUCACGUUAAGGUUGGCACUUACAACAGCAAAGGACAGGGUCCCUUCAGCCCCGUGGUCACCAUCUACUCUGCGGAGACAGAGCCAAGUGAGAAGCCAGCGGGAGUUAGGGCCAGAAGUGUCUCAGCCUCUGAGAUUGAGGUGAAUUGGCAGGCUCUCUCCUUCAUCCCUGAAAGGGUUCUGGGCUAUGAGGUGGCUUACUGGGAAGAUGACACUAAACCAGAGACCAUGGGGAAAGUUAGAGUGCCUUGGAACCAAACCUCGGCCACAGUGAGUGGCUUGGCAGGAAAUACACAGUAUUUCCUAACAGUCAGCGCCUUCAAUACAGCAGGCACUAGCCCAUUCCUCCCUGCAAUCAAUGUCACCACAAAAAAGCCACCACCUUCCCAGCCGCCAAUGAAUGUGGGAUGGAACCUAAUGGGCUCUCAGCUGUCUGUUUACUGGGAACCUGUGGUGGCAAUGGAAUCAGAAUCAGAAGUUUUGGGCUAUCAACUGUCAUACCAUAGGCAGCGACACAAAGAGGAAAUCACACUCACAACGGUCAAUGCAACAGCAGAGCUGACCCUCCCUGAGGACGAUGAGGAGUACAUCAUCUUUGUGCAGACACUGAGUGAAGGAGGAUUAGGGCCGGCAUCAGAUCCCAUACGAAUCCACCAGCUAAGUAUGAGCGCCCAUGGCUCCAGAGCCUGGAGUGUGGAGAUCUCCCCCCUCUCCCUGUUCCUCACCAUCGCAAUAUCCUCAUUCAGGUCAUCGUUGUGACACAAACAGACUCUGCUCUGUUUUUCAGCAUUCACUAUUGGCUCUUGUUUUGUUUUGUUUUCUUUAAUUUGUGAAAGUGGUCAAGGUUUUUUCUUUUCUUGCAUUUUUUUAAGGUACCGCAUAUUUUUCUCCCAGUGUUAUUUUGCAAGUAUGCAGCAGCACAAGAGAAGAGUGUGCUGUCAGACACUUAAUUAACAGUAAACGCUUGCUUUUUUUUUCUUACAUAAGUCUGUUUUGACAUUUUUGCUGGUUGGGAACAAUGCUCCAUUUCAACUCUUUUUUUGACUCUAGAAUGAUACAGAUGCCUUACUUCCAUUCAUGUGCCAAAGUAGUUGCAGCCUUCUCGUUGUUAUUGCUAAGAUAGCUACAUGCUUUCCUCAACAUUUUAUUCCUCACUUUUCUUAUCACGAAGGUCUCAGUGAACCUUGCAGAAAGCCCUGCAGAGAAGUUUAUGAUUGUUUGUUUGUUUCCUUGUAUUUCUGAGUUUUCAGUUCUCCUCUCCAAAAUCAGAAAGUAGGGACAUGUUCAUUCACCUGUGCCCGUGCCUUGGAGAUUCUUGUAUCGGCGUCACUUAUAGACACUGGUUAGUGGUACUUAGCGUUUCAGAACAUACUGCAGCCAUCUCCAUCUUUACGUGAUCCUUUAAAAGUCGGUUGUGUCGCAGAUGAAACUCAUAAAACACCUCAUAGUGCCGUUGUCCUCCAUUUACCUUUUAUCUUUUGAUUGUGCGGAGCUGAAUGUACCAUGAAAGCUCCUAAAAAUUUUAAUGCCUCACGCUAGUUAUAGUUAUAGCCUGCCGAAUGAUGGAUUUGACUUUGCUCUGCGUUCACAAAUUUUACAUUUGCUUGUAUACAGUAGUACCGGCAGAGGUGUGUAACUGCCAAUGUAAUUCCGUUUUUUUGCAGCACCAGUGCUUCAGCGAACUUAAACAGCAGUCAUUGAAGUCAUUUAUCAAAGGAAAAUGACAAAUGUUCACCGGCUUCAGCUUCUCAGAUGUGAGACUUUGUUGUUUAAGAUGUAAAACACAGCAAGGUGUACCUUUUAUUAUAUUUCCCUCCACAGUAUUCAACUUUGAAUGGGAUUGCAAUGAUCUGCCAACAGACCACUAUAUGAAAUCAAGAUUAGAGGGUGAUCUAGUUACUUUUGUAUCGAUUUUCUAAUCUCACUUUCCUGUUUUCACAUUAAUUUUUGAAAUAUGCAGUAUUUCCUUUAUCUCGCUAGGCUAAAGGUUUUGCCUGGACCCUGUACUACAAAGUGAGUUCAGCAUACUCCGGGUAUUUCUCCAGUAUCAGAAUUCAGCUACCCUUACACUUGGUAAGCUGGUCAUCAACUUGAUAAGUCAACCCAGGGUUUGACCGGCACGUUCUCGCAAAAUGAUCUGCACAUUUGACCAAUCACAGAGAAAAGAAGAUAAAACUAAAUGGGAAAAAAUGAAGAGGUUAAAAAUGAAACAGUCUGAAACCAACACAGCUGCUGCAGCGUGAGGAAAAGCGCUGUACAGUCGUUUAGUAUUAAACGCGCUGUAUGAAAGCGUGAGCGUUUAGCCUGUUUGAAGCCAGGAGUGAAAAAAUGCCCACUGUGUAACUUUACUGAAUUAUCGAUAUCACAGCUCUAUCGUUAAAACACAGGAGAAUCUGAUGGAUUAUAAUCGAAUAUUCCCUUUAAUUAAUGUUUAAAAGACAGUUUUAGGUUUUAUUCUUUCUGCUGCAGGGCUGGUGGUGUUUAACGGUCUGAGAGUUAAGAAUAAAUAUAAAACAUAGUCAAGUAGCUCCUCUAUUUUAGGAUUUUAGGAUCACAUAUUAACGCUUUCAGAACAAUAAAAUUGUUGUUCAAUUUAUUCCUGAUGCUGAUCAGGGAAAUUCAAAGAUUUCCCUUUAGACCCUCCUGCUAUCCACAGAUGUGAGGGAUGUUUCAGGAAUCGUGAUGCUGUUUUUGGAGAAUUGAUCAAUCAGUAGGAGGUGACUUCAUACCUGUUGGUUGCUAAAAUGGAACAAAAGCUUCUUUAGCUUCACAGCAUGAGUUACUGUGAUGAUAAAAAGCGAACCACCUUCAUAGUAAAGAAAACUCAGGGUUAACCUGAAGUUACCUGGAUAGAAAUCCUCUGCUUUGUAGUACAGGCCGCUGGUUACUGACCUUUGAUAGCACGGAGCAAAGCAAAAUGUCAUUGAGUCUAAUGUCACAUUCAAAUUGAUAUUUCCACGGUUGGUUAAAGGAGAAGACUGAUACCACUCUCAUGUUAGCACAUUGACAAUGGGACCAGUGCGUAAGCAUAGCUUAGCAAACCGUCAGCUUGACUUUGUCCAGUAUUCACAGCCAGCACCUCUAAAGCUUACUUAUUUGUUUACUUCAUCAGAUGGGGCACGUCAGGUAGUCGAAACAAACAAAUUUCUCUAUCUGACUAAACUGACAAUAUCAACAAUCUCUUCACACCCACUUCACACUGAUUUGCCAGCCGUGUGGAGGUGAGAAAGUAAGCUGGGUUUGAACUUCUCUGUCGCAUUUUUUAUUUGUUAAACACCUGGUUUUUACACUGAAACAUUACCAGUGCUUUCAGUUAAAGACUCAAAGUCUCUCUUGGACAAUUAUUGCAUUUUACACCUCACUGCGGUGUCAAAGACAAAUUCUUAUGCUUCCGACAUGGUUGAAUUUGCUCUUUCCUAACAGAGCCUGGCACUGGUUCUGUUGUGAAUGCACGUACAAGGGUGGUAUAGCAUCUCUAUGAUAGAGUUAUAUAGGUACGGCAAUACAGUUUAAAGAAAUGACACAAAUAAUCUGAACUAAGGAGUCUCUUUACUUGUUUGGAAGAUUUCAGCUGUAUUUCUCUCCUCAUGUCGACUGAAAGCUCCAUAGGUGAAGCUUAUUUUGUCAAACCAGUUUAAUGCUGAUGAGCUAAUUUAAAAUAAAGCAGAUGCCUGGUUACCAGACACGAAGACACACCUAGUGGCCAAUCACAAUCCAGAACUCUCAUGUCUUUAAUGUAUGGCAUGAAAAAGAAAAUCCAAUAUGUUUGAGCUUUGAAACAAACAAAAUGAGCAAUCUUUGGAUGUUGCCUCGAGCUCUGAGUACGAGGGAUAUACAUUGUUCACAGUUUUCUGAGUGAUUAAUGGGAAAUACAACUGACUGAUUAAUCAAUAGCGAAAAUAAUCAUCAGUUGCAGCCCCAGUCUACAUCCAUCUGGGACCACACAGCCAGUGCCAGUCAGCGUAUAUUCACAGCCAUUGCAGUCGGGACGAGAGGUUUAAAGCGCUGCCAAUUGUGCCAGUCUGAUAAUUGAAAUCUAGCCACCAGCUUAGACAUUAUUUGGCUAAAUGUGUGGUCAGCUAUGUUUUUAAUACUCUGUGAAUUUGUCCUUUGUUGUCAGUCGUAUUGGUUGUUUUUUUUUUUUUAUGUGGUCCGUGUUGUCAUUGUUUAUUUAUGUAUUUCAGCGAAACCCCGCAGCUCAGGUAUUCAGACCUGCUUCACUUCAUCUUUCAAUAGCUCUGAGAUGGCAGAAGCGGAUAGAUCUGAAAUGUGUCAGCGCAGGACACAGGGGUCUAUUUAACAGUCUGACUUGAUGAACGGAAAGCCUGAUGUGUGCCAAGAUUUAGCAGACAUUAAAACAUCUUAAUAAAUUAGAGCAGCCCUGCGGGGUUUCUGUGGGGAAAGGGCAUAGGAGUAAUGGUACUAAUGACACUCACAGAAGGCGAAUAUAUCAGGAUUUAGGGAAGACUAAAUCAGGACAAUCUCAUCAAGACGACACGAUGAAAGGUGCGUGCGUAAAUGUGUACGAGCAUGAUUGUGCACGGUUAUUACCUUAGUCUGCCACAUCAUGGACAAGUGCUUUCAGACAACCAUUUAUCUAUUUGGAGGGAGGAGGGGGGUUAAACUCAUUUCUUGUGCUAUGGUUCAAAGCUUUGUGCGACUGAAGCAUUGCGGACAUUGAACGAGAGCAAAACAAGGUCAAUGUGGGAGGUAGAGAUUUUUAAAAAGUGAGUUUGACUCAGGGAGGAGUUGAAAUGUCUGUCCACUUAACGCAGAUUCCUGGAGCGAAGGACUAAGUAAGAUUUAAAAACCAGAAAGGGACCCAAAUCCAAGGGCACAUCAGGUGCAUGUGGCAGGUAAAGCUCACAUUAAAUGUAAAGGUUUACUUCCCCGAUGAGUGUUGAAGCUGUCUUUGAAUCGUGUUUCGUUGUUUUUGUGGCUCUACGUGUGGUUAAUCUGUAUACAUUCUUUCAUCGCGGAAUGACAUUGUUAGACUAACAGAUGUUUACACAGGAAAUGCAUUAUUCUGGCUAAUUUAUUGAUUAUAUGAACUGAAAAAAAGAACUUGUGUCUUUGGGUACAUAGAAGCAUUGCCAACCUCUGUUUUGUAAUGUAUCAGUACUGUGGAGAUGUUUUGAGUUUGACUUUGAUCUUCUUCUUUUUUUUAAUGUUUGAUAUGGUUACUGAUUGGGUUUUUUCCCCCUAAAGAUUCUGCACAAAGGUCAAGUGUUGUUUUUAACAGAACAAUUAAGAGCCAGAGAUUUCUAAAUCAAAAGUUGGUGCGCUGAGAUCUCCCUUGCCUUCAUAAAUGAUGCUGUACAUAGUGUAUGUAUUUCGUUUGGCUUUUUUAGCAACGUCCCCGCCCUCCCCCAACCGGGAAACCAAACAGUGCUGCUUCCAAUUGUAAUUCUCAGUCAAACCCUGAAUCUGAAAAAUACAUGAGCAGAGAGUAACAUUUCCUAGCAGCUGCUAUCACACACAGCCUUUUGGUGCAGUGACACAAACACCUACCUGUUACAAGGUAGCCGGCCAGUGCACAGUGGAUAAUACGAGUGGUAUUAUUUACGAGUACUUUUUGUCUUUUUAUACCAAUACAGCUUUACGAUUUUCAGAAAAGGCUAAUUUGAUCCUAAAAUAAGUGCGAGUAGUUUCAUUGGAUUUCUAAGUGCGGACAGACUUUACGAUUACAGCUCUGGGUUACAACGCUUGGCCUUUCUGUCGUGACUCCUCAAAAUGUUCAUGUCGAGGUGAUCUCCGUGAGAUCGUGGCAGCAGCGUUUUCACAUUGAAAAGUCAUCAGCUGAUCUUGAUAUGCUGAAGCUGUGCAUGUAUGAUAUCGUUUGGUGCAUUUGUGUUUUCUAAAUGAGGGAGUUAAUAAAAACAAUUCAUUGAGGGUUCCUGUCUUGGAUUUUUUUUUCUGAAUUAUAUGUGUGCUGCUGUCAUUUACAGCAUCAGCAGUUUUAGUGUGUUUUACUGCAGGAAGACUUUGAGUGGUGCCUUGGGGCACCGUCAAAGCUAUAAAAUGCAUAAUAUUAUGAAAAAGCGUAUAAAUGGAAGUAAAUGUCAGCGGUAAUGUCCUUUUCGGUGGCUAAAGAACACAUCUAAAGGGUUUUUUUGUUGGUUUUUUGCUGCUUAUACUAAUUGUAUUCUUACACUGUGUAAUAACGACUGCCCUCACAGAUAUGAAAUGCUUUGAAUACUAACGUCACGCCGUAUCAAAAAAAUACACAGUCUACAGCACACAUCAAGCAGAUGGCUUUUUUACUGUAGCCUUCACAAAGAGUACUGCCGAAUUUCUUCUGGAUUAUUAGAGCAUGUAUUUGCUGAACUUCAGAUACCUUCCACUAAAACAACAGAAUGACAGGGAAAGCUGCUGUGAAAUAUUGAUUGAGCCCAGUGUUGCAGAGAUGCUUUUAAGAUAAUAAGAGGGAGAGGACCCUGUGAAGAGAUCAAUAUGAAGGGGAAGUGAAGAAAAGAUAGGUUUCUCCCUACAUACCACAGAUCAUCCGUAAUGAGCUAGUGUGUCAAUACUUUGGCCGGGGCUCCUCGCAUACCACUGGCCACUAAAGAGCAUCAGGCCACUGUAACUUGUCUGCAAUUAGUGGAAUUUUACACCAGACUAAGGGGAAUGUAUUUAUGUCCGAUUAGUAUACUCAUGGUGGUCACCUUAGCUCGAAAACUGCAAAGUGCUUCGCAUUCAAAUAUCCCUUAGAGAGAUAUUGGCUGAGACAUGAUUGGUGUAUAUUGCCUCCCAAUGCAGCAGAUGCUGUGGCACGGUUGCUACGGAUUGCAAGUGUCAAUACUGCCCCCUAAUGGUCCCACCAUCCCAGUGCAUCUCUCCAGUGUGAGGCAGUAAACUGGACAUGAGGCAGUGCCUGCAGUAUGACUGCACCGAACAGGUACACUGAGAACCAGAGACGGAACAGGCAGUCAUAUUCUGAUUCAUACCCAAUGUUGAGUCGGUUCACAGUUUUAGAGGUAGAGGUUAACCUAGAAAAUCAGUAGAAUAAUCCUUUAAUUGUCCCACAAGGGGAAAUUUGGGCGU